CAUUUCGCUCUCCAACACAAAGCCGAUGCGGUGCGCUACACACCCUCAACGUGAUUAACUCGUCUUCAACAUACACCGCUCUGAACCUUGAUUCAACAAUCAAUGUCACUGCCCCCUGGCGUGAGUGAGACUGGGGUCGUUUCCGUGGCGGACUGGAUCCCACCGCCGAUCGAACAACUCAACUUUACACGCAACUGCGACCUCGUCAAGGAAUUCUACGGAAGCUGGUUCCAACGACUUGUCGAACUAGGACCAGGCGAGGAUAAAUAUGCACUCUACGACCUGCCCUUCAGUGACAUGGAACCGUCCUUUUUCGUGGCAGACUCAGUCGACAGCAAGGCCGCCGAAGCUUACUUCCGAAAUGCCCUCCCCCCAGAGAUGCAAAAUGUGCCGAGCUACGGCCAGAUGCUCGACUGGGAGUUGGCCCUGCGCACCAACUUUUCUCAGUCGCUCCCGGCUCUCGCCGCUCUGAGGCCGCCGCCUGAUUCCGGCCCGCUAGAAUGGUUUCUCAACGACAGCUAUCAGGCUCCCUACUUCACUCGUGUCAUCCGUGAUCCCGGCCAGACUUGCCAGCGCGAGGCCUGCAGCAGCUUUCGGUGGGACCGACUGAUCGACAUCAACGGCCCCGGCAUGUACAUUGUGUACUGGUUCCAGGUCGUCAGCAUGCUCCUGGCUUCGGCCGUCGUCGUCUACGAGCUCUGGCUGACGCGAUCGAGGACGCUACGGCAAUGCCGGUCGGUGCGGCAUCCGGCGUACCGCUGCUUUCGCCGCACUCUAGAUUCGAUUAUACAAGGGGCAGCUUUUUUCUUUGCCGCAGCGCCAUUUGCUCUGUUUGUCGACUACCAAAGGAAAGGGCCGCACUUUUUCCCUCCGAACGACCAAAACAUUGCCCUCGUCAUCUCAAGUCUGUCUCUUGUGAUGUUGUUCUGGUCAUGGCGGGUCAACCGUUGCUUCGCGGCCAUCGACUUAGUCAAGGGAGGGUCUCUCGUCGACUCACAGCUUAGCGAUCUUCCUCUCGUCUGCUUCGUCAUCGCCGUUCCCUCUGUAGGAUUGCUGCAGUGGAUUCGCGCAGGCACGGCUACAUCUACAUCUACAGCCAUUGAUGCUUUCAACUUUGACGGCUUCAGCGGCUUGAUUUGCGGAGGCGUCCGGCGUCACAUGCAGAUAUAUUACGAGACAGAUACCCCGGGACGUGCCAACACCAACCCCCUUUUCAUCACCACGCGACUCGCCAUCACCGUCUUCUCUUACGCAGCCGCUCGGUUCUUUUGGGAAGGACUUGCCGUACGCUCAGCAGUAGCAAGAUUUUCCCCUUGGGAGAGGUUUAGGAACCAUUAUGCGCUAGUGGUCAACGACGCUCUCAUGUCCCCCACCGACCCGACGCGACCCCUGUGGCAGCGAGUCGACAGAGAGCUCGACAGCGUUGCAAAUGCCAUCUACCAAGACCCAAGAACGAGCGCACACAUUUGGCACCUGGGAUACGGCGAGAUGAUUGGCAGCUCGGCCGUCUGUCUGUAUGCCCUGAUAUCAUACAAUCCAUGGCGAGCCGUACAAGUCGAAUGGCGCCAAUCGGGCGAAGAAUGGAACCUCGGUCAGAUUCUAGCCCUGGUAACGCUGGCCCCGACGGUUGUGAUGCUUCUAACAUCUUUUGAGUUCUCAGUCGCUAAGUUUCCUGUUGUCGUGGUAGAAAAGGGUCCAUUAGUUGGAGCUGGGACGGUGGGUCAAGAGGAAGUGAAUGUGCUAGUCUUUCUACGUAACUACAAGCGACGUUGGGUAGCACGGCGUCUUAUUAAUCUAUAUAGAAGGCAAUUUGAGGGGCAAGGGCACGAGAUGAAUGAUGUAAUAGAUAGAAGGGCUCUCCUGCCUCAACCCGUAUCACGAUGGGGAUGAGAGAGAGAGGGAAUAGACCCU